GUGCGUCACGUAGCUGCGCGCAUGUCUGAACCUUGUAUUUGUCAGCCUAGAUGUGAGGGUGCCGUCCGCCCUUCUUCGAUCGGAAACUCGCACUGACGUAAAGAAGCCAGAGCAGGCAGUUCUACGGGUUAAUUAAGAGCUUUAAAACCGUAAUUUACACCAAGUCCACGCCUUUUUUUUUUCGUUUUUGCUUCUUGUCUCCUGGAAACAUCCUCGUUUGGUGACUGGAGCACUAACAAAAAAAACCCCACAGGCAUGGCUGAUCUGCUGAGGCUGCUGCUCAAGGUGGCUGAAAAGGCUGCUAACGUGGCUCGGGUCUGCAGGCAGGAGGCUCCCCUCUUCCAGCUCCUUGUGCAAGAAAAGACCGGAGAUGACAAGAACAAGAAGUUCGUCCAAGACUUCAAGACGCUCGCCGAUGUGGUGAUUCAGGAGAUGAUCCGGCAUGAUGUUGGCGCUCAGUUCCCUGACAUGGCUGAAUUCAUUCAUGGCGAGGAGUCUAACAAGUUUGAAAACGGGCUUGGAGAGAGUGUGAUAGUCACGGUUUGUAGCACAGCGGAGGAGACGGCGGCGUUGCUGGCCACCGUGCUUGACGGUGACCACACAGCAGCUUCUCUGCUGGCUAAAGCCAUCCACCAAGACCCGGCGACCGUCGAGGCAAACACUGAUGGCCUGACUGUUUCCCUCAGCCCCUCUGAGCUCGGCAUCUGGAUCGAUCCCAUAGAUGCUACCAGCCAGUACAUACAGGGCCGAGAGAAGGAGCUGGAGGAAGGCCGCUUGUCUCCAUCGGGUCUGCACUGUGCGUUGGUUCUCAUCGGCGUUUACCUGCGGAGCACAGGCGAGCCCAUCAUGGGCGUCAUCAAUCAGCCGUUUCACCACAAAGAUCCAGCAGGCGGGGGGUGGAAGGGAAGGCAUUUCUGGGGCGUGUCCUGGGACGGCAUUAACAUCUGCUCUGUGUCCCAGCCGAAAGAUGGAGAGGAUCGAGGGCUGUCUGUGGUGCUGAGCUCCAGUGAGAAGCAGGUGGUAAAAGGUGUGCUAGCCUUGCUCUGCAGCUCUGACAAGCUGAUGUACGCCUCUGGAGCCGGCUACAAGAUCCUGUGUGUCAUUGAGGGCCUGGCUGAUGUUUACAUCCUCUCAGAGGGAAGCACCUUUAAGUGGGACUCCUGCGCUCCUCACGCCCUGCUCCGAGCACUCGGUGGGGGGGUGGUGGACUUGACUAAGCGUCUACAGAUGACCAGUGAAGGACAGGAUCACACAGCAGAACUGACCUAUCAUGAGCCUGACACUGAGUGCAAAGGAGCUGACCGCUGGGCUAACCGUGGCGGCCUGGUGGCUUAUCGAGACUGUUCAAAGCUCAACACUGUCAUCGCAGCUCUGAAGGGCAAGCUGUAGAUGAUGGAAGAGCAGAUGUAGCCGGCACGAUCUGAAGCAUUUAUACACAUGAUCAUGUUUUCGAUAUUAGGCAAGGAAAAUUAUGGGUGUAGAGGUUGAAAUAUUUAAUUCAUAAAUGAUACAGUCUUCUUCUUAACCAGAUGCUUAUGCAGUCGUGUGUGUGUGUGUGUGUAUAUAUAUAUAUCGCAAAGUGACAAUCAGCUUUGAGCCAAAUUAUAUUUGCAAAUGUUUGAAUUUCAGUCAAAGAUGGAGCUGAGACUGAUUCCAACUUUUGUAAAGGAAAAUAAAGUUUGGAUUAAAAGCUCCAAACAUUUAGUUUCCAGGCAUCUUUAUGAUGUCAUCAAAGGUUGAUUAAGCUGGUGCUUGAGAAUAAAGAAGCUCCACCUGCCUACUGUUCAAACCUUCUAUUUGUGAGGACCAGCCAAUCAGGAUAAAGUUGGCUUAAAGGGAAAGGAGCUAAUUUGGCUUGUUUGACAGUGAAUACAACAUAAACGAGGUUUAUUUCAGACUGUUAACUUUGAACUGAAAAUAAACACAGGGGUGAAAGAAGCAAGAGGGACACGAUCCUUGCAGGACAAUUGGCACUUGGGUUAUGAAAAAGGAGAAAGCAAAACAAAUGUGAUGUUUAUGAAUCAAUCAGGUAAAUGGAAGAAAAUAACAUGCUGGCAAUUAAGGUAGUUGACAAUUUAUCAAAAGAUCCAUGUAGGGUAGUUAUUUUAUGUCAAAACCACAAAGGUAAUACUAUUAUCAAUUAAUGAAAUGCACUGAAUUUAUAUAUUCUAGAAUGGGCUGCCCGUUAUUAUCUUUUUUUUUUCUUUAGAAUAGCCCCCUCAGGUUCAUUGAGUGCAAUAGACGGAGGAUGAUGAGCAACAAUCAGUUUUGAUGCGUCAUUCCGGGCUAAAUAUUUGUAAAUGUGAUGUAGCUCAGACAUGCAUUGAUUAAGUUUUGCAUUUAGAGUGUUUAAUAUAGUUGCGAGGAGCUUGAGUGCUCACUGCUGGGCAGCUGAGGAACACUCCAGGAAAGGUAAUGGUAAUCGCAGGGUCGCUUCUGAAAACAAGAUUUUUCUUUGCUUUAAUGAGGCAAGUGAGA